UGGAGUAUGGAGGUAAGGCACGCGGCAUUCACGUGAUCACCGAUCAGUGCACUAACAAGGAAAUAUUUCCAACCCCUUAUUUAAUUUCAGUUUGACAUAUUUGUUUUGACAGUAUCCACCGGUUUAUCUUGAUCGCGAGUUCAGUGAUGAACAGCACAUGGCCAUUCGCGCGCUUGUUCAUGCAGAGCGCGCUCCACGUGGAACUGGUCCGAACAGCAUCGUAUUUAGCCCUGGCGGGAGUUAUCGCCCUUCUCCUGUGUCUACUCCUGCUCGCUACUAUCAACACAUGCCUCAUCUGCAGAAACCCAAGCGAAAAACGACCAUCUCCAUACAUCGAAUCCAUGACAGAUGACCCCAGAGCAGCGGGUCAAUGUUCACCAUAUCAUAUGACACACCUACAUGCACAGCGUGACGGCUCUGCAAAACCUGCUAGAAAAUCCUCUGGAAGCGGGGGAUACGCCAAGCCCUUCCACCCUGGCCGAGGAGUCAGUCUGAGCAAACACUAUGUGACAGUAGACAUAGAGCCUAACAAUGGGCACGGUUCUGCACCGAUGACAGAUGUUGGCCAUCAAUGCAGCACAUGGUACGACACUGACAUUGUCGUUCUUAGGAGUCCUCAAAACUCUUGCUUGAGAGACAAUGGGCGCUACUCGUGUAACGCCACAGACCCUUUGAAUUCACUGAUUUUCUGAGACUUUAACAGAUGGGAUCAGAGACUGAAUUCGUUAAUGUAUCAAUUCUGAUGUUCCAGCUUUAGAUAAGCAGCAAAGAAUGCCAUGUAUAUAUGCAUAUUGCUCAUUUGAGUUUUCCUGAAUAAAACUUUUUUAUUAA